CUCGCUCGCGCUUAGACUUUGUUAUAAUUCUGCUUGUUCGCUAGUGAUAUGGAUGCGUUGUCUCUGAAAGUGCAACCAUGGAUGAGAUUUGAUCCUCCGGAAGACAAGGUCAUCGACUUCUUCUUGAGGGCAAAGAUCACUGGGAAUGAUGAGUUAGUCGACUUCAUUCCCGAAGCUCAGAGUUGCAAAUGGGAGCCCUGGGAUUUGAAAGUCUGGUUAGAUUCAUGUUGCAUAAAGACCGCAUAUCCAGAGUGGUGGUUCUUCUCGCCACUGGAUCUGAAGCAUCGAAGUGGGAAUCGAUCGAACCGCGCAACCAAUGCUGGGUUUUGGAAAGUGACUGGAAGGGACAAGAUAAUCAUGUCUAACUCGGGAAUGAUUGGAAAGAAAAAGUAUCUGGUAUUCUAUAGAGGGCGUGGUAAAGGCGAGAAAACAAAUUGGGCGAUUCAUGAAUUCCAUACAACCCUGAAGGACCUUGAUGGCACCCAUCCCGGUCAGAACGCCUUUGUACUCUGCCGAUUAUCCUAUGAACAUGAAAAGAGUAUUAAAGAUCCAAACAUUAAUGAUGCUGGACCUGCUGUUUCAUCACCCGCCAUAUCCAAAUUGUUUCAUGAAGAAUCAGAGUCUGAGCUACUUCUGCCCUCAGUAUUCCCUGCAUCAGAUGUGGAAGCUACUACAACACCUGAAAAUUGUGAUGAAACAAUAUCCAGCACUACAACAGCUGCCGAGUGUGAUGACCAACAUAUUAGAGCUCACGCUGCAGAGAAUCGAUUGGGAGAACUUACCAUUACCAAUGAUGAGCUGAAAAUAGAAGAAGUUUGCGAUGUUUUGACGCCUUCAACUUCACUACACAAUAACCCUACUGUUUCAUCAGCCACCACAACUAAAUCUUCUUUAGAAGAAAUAGAGUCUACGCGAGGUUUGGAUUCGGUCAGUUAUAAUGCUUGCACUGCAAGAAAUGAUGUCCCUGAAGCAACAGUCAGUGAGUUUGAGGAAGGCUUGAGUCUGUCUGAUCUCCCAUCAGAGCCUCCAGAUUGCAACUUGUCCUCUUGGUGUCCCCCCUUGGAUAUGCAAUUUGACAUGUCUGACCCCGUCACUGAUGACUCAAACAACAGUCCUUGUGGGGCUUAUUUUCAGUAUGGUGCUUUUAAGCCUGCAGCUCAUGGCCAUGAAUUAUCAGAUGCAACGGCUUAUUUUGAUAAUGAGUACAUUCAAAAUAUGUUUGUCAGUCAAAAGAACCUCACUGUGGUCUCUAAUAACGACAAUGGAUCAUGCACCAGUUCAGGUGCAAAAAUGGCCAACAAACCGCUUGAAUGGUUUGACCAAAAUAGUUAUAAUGCUUACACUGCAAAAAAUGAAGUGCUAGAAGCAAUAGCCAGUGAGGUUGAUUCGCAACUCGAGGAAGGCUUGUAUAUGUUUGAUCUCCUACCAAAGCCUCCAGAUUGCAACUUGGAUAUGCCAUUCGACUUGCCUUGUCCUGUCACCGAUGACUCAAACAACAGUCAUUGGGGUAUGGAUUUUCAGUAUGUCACGAAUGACCUUGCCACAUAUGGCUGUGAGUUUCAAGAUUUAAAACCUGAUUAUCUCAAUGCGAACUUCCCAAAUACGUUUGGCAGUCAAAAGAAUCUCACUUUGGUCUCUAUUAAGGACAGUGGAUCAUGCGUUGGUCCAGAUGCAAAAUUGGCCAAUGCACCGUUUGAAUUUCAAGAUUCUGGAAAGAUCAGCAAACGAAAGGCUCAUCAGGGUUGAUAAAUCUGGAAUCCCACAUGAGUUGUUGUGAUGUGGUUGUGUAGUUGAAGUGGUGGGUUUAUUGAGCAAUUGUGUAUGGUGUGAAGUGAUGGGGCGCUGUGCCGUGUGAUGCAGUUGGUGAUAUGGUAGCGUGUUGUGAGGUGACAAGACUAUGGUGAAUGUGCUCUGUGUAGUGAACUGUGCUUUGUGAUGCAGUUGUAUGUCGUGCGAAGUGUUUGGAUAGUUGUGUAGUUUAUGAAGUGGCAUGAUCUAAAGUGAAGUGUUAUGUUGGUUGGGUUUGAGUUGGAUGUUGAUGUCAGAGUGUAUGAAGCUUGUAUGCACAAGCAGACGUUGUAGUGGAUUAUAUGUUGAUCUUAGGUUAUAACAAUGGGUAAGGUACAUGUGUAAAUUGGUUGGACACAUGUGCCGGAUAGAUUUACCAUUUGUAAUGGAUAAUUUGUCUUAAGCAUGAGUGCACGAUAUUUAAGCCUCAAUGUUGACAUAAUUUUUUGUAUUAUGCAUGGUUAAAAUUACGGUGAAGUGUUGGUUAGGUUAUAUAUGAAUGAAGGAAGGGAUGUAUGUAUUGACUAGAAUUGGGUUGUAUAACUUGGUUGGUCCGAGUUAUAGAUAGGAAAUGAUGGUUUGAUAGAAAAAAUGUGAUGAAGGUGAUAGAUAAUGUGUCUUAACCCUUAAAAUGAAUCAGGUUUACUUUAAAGGAUAAGAACAUGAAGUAGAAUGUUGUGUUUGGAAAGAUGACCUCAAGUGGGUCCCAAGCUAUGGGUUCAAGAAUUUUGAAAAACGUGAUAAAAGAAAGCAUAGAUGAUGGAAUUGGAUAGUAGAGUAUGUCUGAGUGAAGGAAGUCCAAGUGGAGGAUAGUUUAUGUAUUUUCUAAGUUUAAUUACCUAUGCACUUGAGGAAGGAA